AUGCGAUCCUCAGUUAUCUUCAAUCUUAAACCUGUGGCAAAGGAAGAGCUGCUGCUUGGUGUCAAAUUUCGUUGCAACAGAAAAGGAUGGGUGACCAGGCCAUCUGAUCCAGCAGCGGAAGCAGAUAACCUGGAAAUAAAAACAAAUCACUUAGUUAUCCCAGAAGCUGGCAGCAGGACUGGUGACAGAACGUGUGAUGUGUCUGGCAGCAGGACUGGUGGCACAGUGUGUGCUGAAUCGGGCAGCAGGACUGCUGACACAGUGAGUGCUGAAUCAGGCAGCAGGACUGGUGACACAGCGUGUGCUGAAUCCGGCAGCAGGACUGGUGACACAGCGUGUGCUGUAUCUGGCAGCAGGACUGGUGCCUUGAUGGGUGUUGUAUCUGACAACAGGAUUGGUGCCUUGAUGGGUGUUGUAUCUGGCAACAGGGCUGGUGACAGGAUGCAUGCUGUAGCAGGUGCCGACGUCACUUGUGUCAUGCCUGAUGAGACAUGUGUUGUAGAUGGGGACGUGGCGGGAGAUGCCACGUGUGUUGCAGCUGCUGGUUCAAGUUGUGUUGAGUAUGGCAAUACGGCUGGAGACUCCAGUUGUGUUGUGGCCUCCUUGGCCACUCCUGUUGUGGCUGGUGACGCAGCUGGUGCAACCACUUGUGGAGCAGCUGGUCGUUCAAGUGGUACUGUGGAUGGACACGCGGGUGGAGACGCCUCUUCUCUUGUGGCUUCUGCUGGCUCUCCUCCUGUGUCCGGCAACGUGGCUGGCGAUACCUGCAGUGUUGCAGUGGGCGACGUGGCUGGUGACGCCGCUGUUGUAGCUAAUGCUGGCUCCUCUGGCAGCAGGACUGGUGACAGAACGCGUGUUGUGUCUGGCAGCAGGACUGGUGGCACAGCGUGUGCUGAAUCGGGCAGCGGGACUGGUGGCAGAGUGUGUGCUGAAUCGGGCAGCAGGACUGGUGAUGCAGCAUGUGCUGAAUCGGGCAGCGGGACUGGUGGCACAGUGUGUGCUGAAUCGGGCAGCAGGACUGGUGACACAGCGUGUGCUGAAUCCGGCAGCGGGACUGGUGAUACUGCGUGUGCUGAAUCCGGCAGCGGGACUGGUGGCACAGUGUGUGCUGAAUCGGGCAGCAGGACUGGUGACACAGUGUGUGCUGAAUCGGGCAGCGGGAUUGGUGAUACUGCGUGUGCUGAAUCCGGCAGCAGGACUGGUGGCACAGUGUGUGCUGAAUCGGGCAGCAGGACUGGUGACACAGCGUGUGCUGAAUCGGGCAGCGGGACUGGUGGCACAGUGUGUGCUGAAUCGGGCAGCAGGACUGGUGACACAGCGUGUGCUGAAUCCGGCAGCGGGACUGGUGAUACUGCGUGUGCUGUAUCUGGCAACAGGAUUGGUGCCUUGAUGGGUGUUGUAUCUGGCAACAGGGCUGGUGACAGGAUGCAUGCUGUAGCAAUCAACGGGGAUGGCGGAUGCUAUUUGUGUGGAGGCUGA